AAUAUAAACAGUUUUUCGAGUUUUUUGGCCGAGACAGGACAAGGAAACGACCCGAUGGAACUGGUUGAAGCACGGAAUAUGGCUCUUGCUACAAGAGGACCGUUUACUUCCUACACACCUACAAUGGUAUGGAAUCACCAGUUUGGGGAUAUUGAAGCCUUCUAUACCGAACGUUUCGCACAAGUUGAUGCUCGAAAUCAGCUUUUCAGCUCUCCGGAUAUAGGCAGAGAGCGUCCUAGACGUGCUGCAGCAGAGAUGGCUUCAAAUGCUUGGAAAGGGCUUAGCCCGCGCAAGAGACAGCGACGUUAGUAGCUUUGAUACAUCAAUAGGACGAGGCUUUUGAGAUGCG